AUGACUGAAAUAAAAGAGAAUCCAAUUAAAUUCUACUUGAGGAAGCGAUACUUGAUUGUCUUUCUAAUAUUCCUUGGAUAUUUCAAUCUGUACACGAAUCGAGUGAACCUGAGUGUCGCAAUUGUUGCCAUGACCGAAAAUCAUACGAUUCAUAAUGAGGACGGAUCAAUUAGCUUCCAUAAGGAUUUUGACCUUAAUUCUAAGGAAAAGGGCUUUGCACUUGGUGCCUUCUAUUAUGGAUAUAUUACUACACAUUUUCUUGGUGGUGUUUUGGCUAAAAAAUAUGGUGGACAUUUGGUAUGCAUUAAUAUAUUCAUGCUUAGUUCGACAUUAAUAAAAAAUAAUUUUAAAAAGAUAUUCAACUUUGGACUUUUUGGAACUGCAUUAUUUUCAAUGAUCACACCAUUUAUGAGCUAUCAUGGAGUCGGGUAUUUAAUUGCUGUUAGAGUUAUAGUUGGAAUAUGCAGUGGCUUUUCUUUUGCAGCUGCAAAUGAAGUUUUAAGCAAAUGGAUUCCACCAUCUGAAAGAUCCAGAAGUGCUGGAUACAUAGUUGCGGGGAUGAAUGCUGGAACAUUCGUAGCAAAUUUAAUAUCCGGAUAUAUAAGCGAUAUUUUUGGCUGGGAAUGGAUAUUUUAUUUGUUUGGAAUCGUAUCACUUAUCUGGAGUGUCUUAUGGUUCACAAUUGUUUAUCGCUCACCUGAACAGGAUCCAUGGAUUACAAAAGAAGAGAAACAAUUUAUUUGUGAUAGUCUAGCUGAACAUGGCGGUGAACAAGCUAUACAAAUCACAAAAACACCAUGGAAGAAAAUUUUAACAUCACUUCCAGUUUGGGCUAUUGUUGUAGCUCAAACAUCAUAUAACUGGGGCUUUCAUACUCUUCUUACACAACUUCCAUUAUUUUUGGAUGAAGUAUUGGCUUUCAAUUUAGAAGAAAGUUCAGUGAUUAGUGCCGUGCCGUACCUUUUUUUAACAAUUCUUGUAUUUAUUUCUGGAUUUAUUGCUGACUGGAUUUUGAAGAAGAAUCUCCUCUCAAUUACUAAAGUACGGAAAAUCUUUAACAACUCUGCCUUCAUUCUUCAAAUGUUGUUCCUCAUGGCAGCAGCAUUCUUAGUUUCUCCUACACUUGUUAUAAUUUGUAUAAUAUUAUCAGUUGGAUUUGGAGCUCCUACUUCUUGUGGCUACACUUCAAACUUACUUGAUAUCGCACCACAAUUUUCAAGUAUAAUUUCUGGCAUUUCAUCCACAAUCGCUUCAUUACCCGGAAUGAUAUCACCACCUCUCUCAGGAUUUAUUGCAACAACACCAAGUGUAAUGGAAUAUCGAAUAAUUUUUAUGAUAGCAUGUGGAAUCUAUUUAUUUGGAGCUGUAUUUUAUGGAAUUUUUGCAUCUGGAGAUCUUCAACCUUGGGCUUUAGUAGAAUCAUCGGAAAAAGAUAAUUUCGAGAAAUUUGAGCAUAUUAUUGUGGAGAAGAGUCAAGUGAAGAGAAUCGAGAAUGAAGUUUAAAGUCUAUGAUGUUCAAAUACAGUACAUUUAAGUUCUGGUGAUAUUAUAAUUUAUGAACUAUAAGAAUUAUGU